UACUGAAAAAAAUGGGCAUUCUUGGUACUUUCUGGAGAGUGUCUAGACGUGAUUUUUCUUUUUCAAAUGAUCAUUGAGUUGAGCGCACUUUGAGUGUUGACGGCCUGCGAUGGGACCCUAGUUUGAAGAGAUCAAGAAACGUGCGAUCCAGGUGAUCAUGGCACCAGCUAGCCUCAACAAGGCACAGGAGCUUUGCAAACUGAUUAAUCAUUAUGCGGAGGAGCAGGAGGAGGCACUUAAGAAUGCCAAGGAGGAGCGUGAAAAAGACAAUACAGCCAUCUUGGAGUUGUCGAGCAAGGUGAGGAAUUUGGAGCAUGACAACGAGAAGCUGAAGAUGGAGCUCCAGGAGAGGAUGGUAUGUGUCAGUGAGGACAACAGGGCCAAGAUGGAGCUGACGAACGGCCACAACCAUAAACUACAGAUGGAACUGGACAUGGUCACCACCUGGUGGCAGGAUGCAGAUAAGCAGAAUACCAAAUUGGUCAAGGAUGCCAACAGGCUGUGGAGCCAGAAAAUAGACAUUCAGGAUUUGCUCGAAAAGGAGAUGAAUCAGAACCUGAUUCUAAAUCUCCGUAUCCAGCAGCUGCAAGAGGAGAGGACGAAGGAGAAAAGGGAGGACGAGGAGGUGAUCAAGGACCUUCAGAGACAGCUGACCACCUUACAGCGGGCCAUGCACGUCCUCACAGCCCCCCAGAGGUCCCCGGCUCCCACCUUGAACCCCUCUGAUGUAUGCAUCGAGAUGGAGGAGGAGGAGCGCGCAGAGAGCCUUCAGAAGGAGGAGGAACACGCAGACAAAUUAUGUCCUAAGAUGGUGACAAAGACCAGACAGAAUCUGACUAUUAGUGAGAAGGCGCCUGUCUACGAUCUCUCACCUCACUACGCUGGGAAAACAGCAGUGAAGUCACCGGUGAAGCAGGACAAGUCCCUGCCCAUGAUCCCGGUGCUGAAGGAGCUGAAAAAGCUCAAGAAGCACAUAUGCACAGAGAGGAUCAAGCCCAAGAGAGACAUUAACAAGAUCAAGAUGACUUCUGAGGAGAGCACUAUCUCGGAGCGCACUGACAGGACAGCCCUGAUGAGCACCAGGGAUGCCGUCAGCAAGAGUAAGAUGGAGGAGAGGGUGAUGACACAGAUGAGGUGCGCUUCGUGGAGAGAAGUCUCAGGCCACACAAAAGUCCAGAACAAGGCUGAGACAAUGCCAAAGGUGCAUCUUAAUGAGGCCAAGGCUCCAUCCUUGAUCCGGGAGCUGAAACAGCCAGAGCAGCCAUGCACCGAGAGGACGGACCUGAAGGACCUCAAAGGAGACAUUAGCAAGAAUAAGUCGACUGGUGAGGAGCACAAAAAGCUCCUUAAUUACUGGAAUUCAAGAGCCGUUCUAGUUGAGAUUCUUGACGAGACCUAGACUGGCUCUGGGAAUGAACAGAUGGUUCUUAGAAAAUGUGCUCUUUUGGACUCGGAAAUUUUUGAAAAUAAAAUAUAUGUUUGGCGUAAUA